AUGGGCCGGACCCAAGCUUACCUUAUUGCUCUGCUCUUUGCCUCGGGCAGCUGGGCUGCCCCCCAAGGAAAGAGAUCUGUCGACAAAUACGAGAAUGAUGACGACCAACCCUUUGACCUUCCUUCAGGCUCAUUUGCCUUCCCCAGCGGAGGAGACUGGCCAACUCCCACUGGCGGUUUCCCCGGCGGCGGAGACUGGCCAACUCCCACUGGCGGUUUCCCCGGCGGUGGUGACUGGCCAACCCCUACCGGUGGUUUCCCUGGUGGUGGUGAGGGCGGUGACUGGCCUACUCCCUCUGGCUUCCCCGGUGGUGGUUUCCCAAGCGGCUCUGGAUUCCCCGGCGGUGGUGACUUCCCUACCCCCACUGGUGGAUUCGGCAGCUUCCCAACUGGCGGCUCCGACGACUCUGAGGAGUACUCCCGCCGUCAGGAGGACGACUACGAGGGCGGUGAUGAGGGCGAGUUCCCUACCCCCUCCGGCGGUUUCGGUGGCGAGCGUCCUACUCGCACUGGCAGCUUCGGCGGCAGCCGUCCUACUCGCACUCCUGGCCACGGCCACCACAGUGGACGUCCUACUGGUACUCCCACCGGUGGCUUCGGCGGUAGCUUCCCUACUGGCUCUCCCGAUGACAGCGAAUCCGGCGGCAACAACGCUGGUGACGACGAGUCUGACGGUGACGACUACGAGGGUGGUGACGACGACGAGUCUGGUGGUGAUGACGAGUCUGGCGAGUGGCCUACCCCUACCGGCGACUUCGGUGGUGAGCGUCCUACCGGCACUGGCAGCUUCGGCGGUAGCCGCCCAACUCGUACUCCUGGAGCUGGCCACGGUCACCACAGUGGACGUCCUACUGGUACUCCCACUGGCGGCUUCGGCGGCGGCCGUCCCACCGGCACUCCCGGCGCUGGCCACGGUGGCGAUGACGAUGGUGAGCGCCCUACUGGCACCUUCGGCGGUGACUGGCCCACUGGUACUCCUGAGGGCGGCGAUGGUAGCUUCCCUACCGAGGCUCCCACCGGCGGCUCCGGCGACGACUUCACGAGCGGCUUCGUCACCCUCACCCGCACCGCUUAG